UYCGGCACCAAGGCGACUUUUCCAUGGAGGGGGCGGAGGCAGAAGCGCAGGAGGGGGCCGCAGUGGCCCGGGACCUGCGAGCUCUGGGGUAUGGGGACUUCCCGGAGGUGGCAUCAAGGGGCCCCUCAUGCCCAGGCUUCAGGGCGCUGUGCGCGCGGCUGGCAGCGGAGCUGGUGACACUGGGCACUCUGGAGGAGCCGCGAGAGGAGGGUGCAGAAGUGCUAAGCGUCGGCAACGGCCCCGGCGCGGACGAGGGAUUCCUGCGGCAGUUGGCGGGACUGCUGCGGGCGUUGCACUGCCCGGAUCGCGCGCUCUGCGGCGAAGGCCGCGAGGCCGCGUUGCGGGAACCCGGCGCCGGCCUGCGCCUGCUGCGCUUUCUCUGCUCUGAGCUCCAGGCUGCCCGCCUCUUGUGCUUGCGCCCCCUGCUGGACUCCAGCUCAGUGACGYCCCUUGGGGACCGGGCAGAAGAGGAAGCUGGCACGGUCCAGGAACUGGUCCUUACCCUGCAAGCCCUGGGGCUGCCCAGACCCAUGCCAGGGACUCAAGCCAGCCAGAUACUGCGGGAGCUACAUGCCAAGAUUUCAGAGCUGCUGCCUUCCCUGCCCCCAGGGUCCAUGCAGCCCCUCCUCAGCUACCCACUGAACGCACCCCAAUGGAAAGCGUUGGAGUCUCUCUCCGGAAGCUUGGCAGAYCAGUACUACUGCCGUCGCUGCCUCCUCCUCAAGCGCCUAGACCUCACGACAUCUGCUUUCCACUGGAGUGAUCGGGCAAAGGCCCAAGGAAAGGCCAUGAAGGCAGUGUUGAUGCCAAUUCGAGAGGUUUUGAGCCCAGAAUCAGACAUCUCCAUCGCACAUGUUCUGGCUGCCCGAGCUGACCUUUCUCGCCUGGUCCCAGCAACUAGCAAGGCUGCCCGCCAGGGGACCAGCUGUGCCAUCAACAAGGUGCUUAUGGGUGAAAUGCCGGACCGGGGUGGCCGCCCCAACGAGCUGGAGGCYCCCAUGCCCAGCUGGCAGAGCCGGAGGGAAGACGGCGGCUGGGGGAAAGCGAGCCGCCAGCACUGGGGCCGCAAGAAGAAGAAGAAGUAAAGGGCCGGGGGCGGGGCUCCGGGAGAUGCCCAGGYGCCAGUCACCCCUGGGGAGUCAGUUUGGGGGUCCCUUGGUACCGGCCCCCAAGUCCCCAUCCCCUGGUUCUGGAGGCCCCCAAAUGUCCUGUGCCCGUCCACCUCUCAAUGCCAAGAACAAUGUUCCCUGGAAAAUAAAUUUAAUUUUGAUGGCUGUAGGACCCUCUCUGUGGAGGCCCGCCCAGGGGUGUGUGGCCUUUGGGGGAAGGCCCUGCCCUGCAUCUGGACAGGCCCCGCUGCUCUGAUGCACAGGGUCCUCUGCCUUUCCAAGACACCCUUUCCCUUCCUGUGGGCGUGGGGAGGACACAUCGAGGCAUGGGGUAAACACUUAUCCUGUGUCCCCAGUGUGCCAGUUCUGUUCUAGGCAUGGGGACACUGUAGGGAAAGACAGGUAACAUUUCUGGUGAGGAGGAAGGGACAUUUCACAAAAUAUAGGUGGAAGGUGAAUCUGUCGCACAGAGGAAGCACCAUGGAGAAAAAUAAUGCUGGGAGGCAGGAUGGGGUGGGGGGCAGGGAGGUGCAGGUCUCUGAAAUGGUCAGAAGUGUC